UUUUUUGGAGUAUUAGCGGAUCCCCCAAGAUAAAGGCUGUCCCAUAAACAUUCAAUUGGUUGAAGCAUUUCAAACUACUCUCUACAAUCCUAAGACCACCUAACAAAAGGAGAGCAAAAAUUCUGAGGGCUGAGAGAAGAAUUAAAGAUUUAUUAGUGAAGACGAGGAUGGAAGUUGCAGAGGAACAUGCCCUUCACCAUUUUAGUCAUCAACAUCCUUUGGGGCGUCCCAUAGCCCCUUCCACUGGAAACAUUACCUGUGAUGGAUGCAGCCUCCGAAUAUUGCCUGGAAAGGACUUCUAUAACUGCAAAACCUGCUCGUUUUUUCUUCACCGCGUAUGUUCCAAUAUGCCAAGAAAAACCCGACACCCUGCACAUCCAGAUCACUAUCUAACCCUUUUGGUUUCACCUCCAUUGGACAAUAGCAACUUCAAGUGUGAGGCUUGUGGAGAUCACAUCACUGGCUUCUGCUACAAUGUUACCGAGUCUAACAUUUACUAUCACAUCUUAUGCUCAGUACUGCCUAUCUCGGUUAUCACCUAUUCCCAUCCUCACGCUCUCAAAAUAGAAUUUUCACCUCCAUAUGACUUCAGUUGCGAUCUAUGCAAGAAUCCAAGUUCUAAGGGUUGGUUGUAUAGAUGUAGCUUUUGCGAGUUUGAUACGCAUAUUGCUUGUGCCAUUUCCAAUAAAAAAGCAGAACCUGUGCCGCUGCUUGAUACUUUAACAAGGCAGAUCAUGGAGGCCGACCGAAAGAUAGAUUAUGGAAGCCAGAGUAAUGAACUAAUGCAGCUAAUUGUACUGGGAGUUGAAAGGGAUAUUGAAAGGAAUGACCAAGAAGUUGUCAGCACUGCAGUGGCUGGAUGGGAUGAGAGAUUGCACAGCCCCAAAGAGCAACACAGCGUAAAAAUCAAAGGGAUUGAACGAUUUGGUUUGACUCAUUUAGAACCAUACUCGCCUAACAUUCCUCCAAGUCCAGAAGACCGAUCUCGACAUCAGGAUCCAUCAACCCAAAUUUCUGAAGACAUGACAGUCGCAAGUUAUCAAUUCAGUGAGAUGUGUUUUUCGAUAGAUUUGCUCAAGUCUUAUCCUAGUGCUGAUCACCACCCAUAUUCUACAAAUAUGGAAGCCAGUUCUCAAUAUAUAAAAGAUGUUCCUAGAGUUGAAGCAAAGAUCAAGUCAGACAAUGUGGCAAUGCCACAAGGAGUCCAAAAACACCGUUAUCCUAACAUGCCAGUGACUGAUCCCCUUUAUAGAGGUCCGAAUAACUGGUAUAAUGAAGCAUUCUUAGGCCAAACUGGGGAAAAGAUAAUAGCUACUGGAUACGAGAGCAGGGCAGGCAUUAAAGAUCAGAGUCCUAAAUCAAAUAUGAAGAGUUCAAGGUAUUCAUGUUGCUGGAAGCUUCUUCCUUACUUCUAUCGUUCAAGAUAUGAGAAAUGUUCUAAAAGUUUCAAGAUUGGAGGCCUAUGA